GACCAAACGGUCUGUCGACAUUGCUAUCACAGUGGACAAAAAAGAGUGAUGGGGCUCAUAGCAUCGAUGUUAGCAUAACUGCUCCACUAUGGAUGCAGACAUAUGAAAAGUAUAGCCUCACAAAGGCAGUUGCUACUGCGCAAGCUUUAUCAGGGUCAGAUGCAGGACAAAAUAGUACUGUUGAAAAGACAAGACAUUUAAAAGAUGAAAUAACAAGAGAGAAGGCAUCAAGGAUAUUACUUGAGCAAAUGAUUGAAGAGCAAAGACAACAGUUUCAAUUAAAGCAACAAGAAUUGGAAAAUGAACAGAGGGAACAUCAACAAACUGAAAGGCAACUGGAAGAGUUUCAGCAUAGAAUAAGUGAACUUGAGUCAACACUUGCUGCAGCACAGCAAGCUUUAGAAGCACAUCAYAACUCGAGGGAGACACAAGACUGGGUGCUGGAACGACAAGAGAUUGAAUUAACAAGCACGAUUAUUGGGAUAGGAGGAUGGGGUAAAGUUGUUGAAGGAAGAUUCAGAGGAACWGUGGUUGCAGUCAAGCAAAUCCAUGAACUUAUAUUAUCACCCCAUAACAGACGUCUUUUUGAACGUGAAAUGAAUAUUGCAGCAAGGUGUCGUCAUCCAUGUCUUCUUCAGUUUAUUGGUGCUACUAACGAUAAUGCCAGUCCUUUAUUUGUGACUGAAUUGUUAGAYACCAGUUUGAGAAAMGUUAUGGAAGAACGYGAACUACAGAGUGAUGAGAUAACAACAAUYKCACUGGAUGUUGCAAGAGCAUUGAAUUACUUGCAUCUUAAUCAUCCAACUCCCAUAAUCCACCGGGACAUUAGCAGUGCAAAUGUGUUGYUAUGGAAACAUGGAGAUAGGUGGAGAGGUAAAGUGUCMGAUUAUGGCACUGCAAACUUCAUGCAAUACUCCAUGACUAUCAGUCCUGGUGCUGUGGUGUACUCGGCACCUGAAGCACAGACCUCAAGACAGUCACCAAAGGUUGAUGUAUAUAGUUUUGGAAUUCUCCUGUGUGAAAUGAACACCAGAGAGUUUCCUGAUGCAAUGCGUAGAACUGAACAGGUUUCUAGAGUAAAAAAUCAUUUGCUAAGGGAACUUAUAAAAAGGUGCUUGAUGGAGGAUCCAGAAAAACGUCCUUUCAUGAAUGAUAUUAUAAGAGCACUUGAGUGAGCUCGUUGAUUUUAUGUUGAAUAAGGUGGUAUAUUAGUAUUUAAAAUUUUGGAAUCGA